CGAAUAUUCCGCACCCUCUGUAUUGCCAACAGGUCACAUAUACGUAAAGUUACAUAGGUUGUAGUUUUUGAAAAGUGCGCGAAGCUUUUUUACACCGAAGCUUCAACAACUAAACAAUAAUGCGAUAUGCAAGACCUCUGUCCUCCAGCAAACUCCUUCUGACCACGCUAUUGGCAUUUUUCCUGCAAGAAACUCUGCUAGUAGUUGCGACAUCUAUCGAAGAAACGACGAGGGAAGCGGACGAUGACAAUCUACAAGUGGACGCCGAUAUGUCGAAAAGAAACUGGAAUAAAAACCUCAAUAUGUGGGGUAAAAGAGGCUGGAGCAACCUGCAUGGUGGAUGGGGAGUAAAACGCAGCGAUCCUUCUUGGCUGGAACAAAAUGUCUAUUCAUCUCCACCGGUAGUCCAAAAACGAGCUUGGAAGAGUUUCCAGGGAGGCUGGGGUAAGAGAUUUGCACCCGAUAACGACGAUUAUUCGAUGCAAGAAAUUGCUUCGUUGUUAGAGAGAAACGAUCACCAAAGCAUACCAAUUGAACCUGAUUUUGACUUUAACGAAGAAGAGAAAAGAUCAAAGUGGUCUAAAUUUUCCGAUGGAUGGGGAAAACGCAACAAAUGGGAGAGCUUUCGGGGUGGCUGGGGUAAACGUGAACCGGCAUGGGUAAAUUUAAAAGGACUGUGGGGAAAAAGAAGUCAAUUCGAAAAUAACGUCAAAUAAUGGGCAAACAGGUUCUGCUUCAACUGAUUCAAAUUUGUCUACAACAGCAUUUUCAACUUGGGUAUUUUGAAAUAUUACUUUCAUGUGCUAUCAUAAGCGAUAUUUUAG